AUGAAUGAUGAACUUACAACCCAAGCAUCACAAGCACCAAUUGUUUUGAAAUUAAAAAAAUAUGAGGAUAUUAUUCUUCCCCAUUCAUCUCGUUUAUCAACAGAUACUUUAAAUGAUAAUUCUUCGUCAUCGUUUAUUCCACUUAACGAAACUCCUAUUAUUACAACAGUAUCACCUUCAUCACUUCGUGUUAAAUUAAAAAAACCAUUAUUUAAUGGUGAUGAUGACGAAUAUAUAAAUGCAAAUUCAUUAGAAGUAACAUCUCGUCCAGCAAAACGUAGUAAAAAAUCUUCAGCAAAUGAUAAUAUCUAUAAUAAUAUUUCUGAAUUAAAUAAUGAUUUAAUAUCUACUCAACAAAAUAUGAACGAAAUCAAACAAGAUCAUUGUAUUAUUAAUGAACAACCAUCAAAUUCUCCAUUAGUUCUUAAAAUUCGUCGAGAUAGUUUAGCUUCAACUAUUGGAAAUUCAACCACAGUUGAAACAGAAACAAAUCGACAAUUAUUACUUAAACUUAAAAAAAAUGAAUAUGGUGAAUUAACUACGAGAACAAUUCCAAAUGAUAAUUCAUCAAAUGUACUACACAAUAAUAAUAAUAAUAAUAAUAAUGAAUAUACAAAUGGUCAUAAUGAUUCAUUGAAUAUUCCUCUACAACAAGGAAAUAAAUCUUUAAAUCAACCACAUAUAACUAAUAUGCUAUCAAAUUUAAGUGAUGAUAAUCAAUGGAAUGAUCAUCAAAUAAAUAGUAAUCAUACUCCUCAACAAACAACAACUACUAGUCAUAUUUCUAUGGAUGUUACUCCUACUCCUUCGACAUUAUCAACAGCAGCUGAAAAUCAUACAAAAGAACUUUUAGAUGAAGCAUUGGAUAGUGUUAAAAGUGUUUUAAUGCAAACAUUUAGGAAAAAUUUAGAAGCAGGCGGUGAUCUUAAUUCCUUGAAAAGUACUUUAGGUUCAGAUGAAGUAGCUGAAGUAUUUCUGUCGAAAUUAAGAGAAUCACUUAAACGUGAAACAAUAUCAACAACAGAGAAUGAACAAAAAACACCGGAACAUAUAAAUACAAAUAUAGAAAUUCGUCCAAGUCAACCAACUACACCAUCUUCUUCUUUAAAUACAAUUAUUUCUCCAAUAAUGAAUGUUGUUUCACCAUCUCCUUCAUCAUCACCUCUUCCAUCAAUAUCAACAAUAAUAUCAAAAACAAAUUCUUCACCUUCGACACCAAUUCCUACAUCACCUCAACCAAUAACAGUUGCUACUACUACUACUAAACGAAAAAAUUCUAAUCCAGUAUCAAAUCCGAAUCGUUUUGAUGGUACAACAGAAGAAGAAUUAACAAAACGUCUUCUUUCAGAUAUUCUUCAACCAAAUCUUGAUAUUGUUUUCGUUGGUAUUAAUCCAAGUCUUUAUGCUGUACAUAAAGGACACCAUUAUGGUGGACCUGGAAAUCAUUUUUGGAAAUUACUUCAUAUGUCUGAUUUAAUUCCAAAUGCUUUUACUGCUGAUGAUGAUUAUCGUAUGCCACAUUAUGGUAUUGGUUUUACAAAUAUUGUACAACGACCAAGUAAAGCUGGAUCAGAUAUAACAAAAGAUGAAAUUACAGCUGGGGCAGAAAUAUUAAUGCAAAAAAUAAAAAUGUAUAGACCAAAAAUUGUUGCAUUCAAUGGAAGAGGCAUUUAUGAAGUCUAUGCAAAUAAUAAACAUUUUCAUUAUGGUAAACAACCUGAUCUAUUUCUUGAAACAGAUACACAUGUUUUUGUAAUGCCAUCAUCAAGUGCUCGUUGUUCACAAUUACCACGUGCUGAAGAUAAACUUCCAUUUUAUGUUGGUUUAAGAAAAUUACGUGAUUUUGUUAAUGGUACAUUACACACAUUAAAUGAAGCUGAAAUAACAUUUCCAGAUAUUAAAAUCAAAGAUACAGAUGAUGUUUUACAAAAGACAAUUAUACGUAUAAGUAAUAAACCAUUUUCUGAACUUUCACCUGAAACAUUAAAAUCAUAUGGUGAUAAAAUACCACAAAGUCAAAUGACAUCAAAAUAUAAAACAGAUAUGAUAACAACUCAAACAAUGUCUAUUCUACAUAAUCAACAAAAUGGAAAUUUACUUAAUUAUGAUCAACAAGGAUCACUACAUAAUGGAAUCAUAUCAUCAAAAACGUCACUCACAGAAAACUCAGCAAUAGCAAUGAAUGAUACAGAUGCAGCUGUACUUGCAGCAUUAGCUAAUGGUGUAUAUAGUUCAUCAUCUCCAUCACGUCAAUCUCAAACUAUUUAUAUUGGUAGACAACAACAACAACAAUCUAUUUCGUAUUCAGGAUCUUCUUUGAAAAAUAAUUCUACAAAUCUAAACUGUCGUUCAUCAACUCCACCACCUUCAUCUCAUACAAUUCAUCAUUUACCAUACUCAUCUUUAAAUGAUCAUUCAUUACAAUCUUCUCCUUCUUCUUCAUUUCUAUCAUCAAAUUCUCAAAUAGUUUCUCAUCAGAUAGUUCUUAUGAAUCCUAAUGAACGAACAUCAUCAUCAUCAAUUAAUUCAAUAGCUAAUUCAACUUCAUUGAAAGAUCUAUUAUCUAGUCAACAACCAACACAAAAACAACAAUUUGCUAUACCAACAAUUCCAUCUAUUGUACAAACAUCGAAUAUGAAUCUUCCUAAAACAUCGUAUACGACUAAUAAAAUUUUAAAUAAUUCGACUGAUGAUGGUCUUUAUCUUCGUUAUGAACGUGAACAACCGUCAAAUCAAAAUUCAUUUCAUUUUUCAUAUAUUAUUGAUGAAUAUUCAUCAUCAAUUCCUAAACGUUCACGAUAUGUUUCAAUAAAUGAUUUAUAA